AUGGCUUCUAUGUGUGGCAGCACGAAAAGUUAUCCGGCGUUAAAUACCGGCAGCUAUUACAGGCCAGGUGCUUACCCGUAUCAGAACGAUUAUUACUUACCACCACGGUCAACAUGGUCGAGAGUCUCACCGCAACAGUCGAAGAAACAAAGAGGCAACACCACGUGGAAAGUCGGCAGUGCAAUGUUAAUUAUCUCCGCUAUGCUAGUAUUAAUCGCUGUCUUUGCGAUCGCUGGUCUCGCGUUAUGGAUGGGAGCACUCCGAACGGACUCGAAAAAUGCGAUCGUCGGGUUCACGUGCACGUUCAGGGUGACCAAGGGGGAAAAGUACAACCCCAUGUUGAAGCUGAACACGAGUAUGGUGUUCCGGGAGAAGGAACGGAAAUACAAGAAUAUAUUCGAGCUGUUGUUUCAAAGAAGCGUGUUAGGCAGCGCUUAUCAGAAGACGAUCAUCGACAAGUUCGAGAGUGGUAUACUGAAAGUCUUCUUCAGGAUUUACUUGGACAGAAGGAAGAUACCUCGAUCAAUCACCAACGUCGAGGAUACAAUCGAGGACAUUAUCGCGAAGGAGACGUACUCAUCGUCCUCCUUGUUCAAGGACAUGGAACUGGACCUCACCAGCAUAUCUGUAAAAAGAAUAAAUCCAGACGUAUCUGGAAGUCAAAAGCAGGCGCAACAGAGGAACGCCAUGAUCACGAAAAACGGUCUGCUGCGACCGAGUAGAAAUAGUUCGCUGAUCACGAGCCCAAAAACGAAGGCGAAGCCGAGCAAACCAGAAUCCAGCGAGCCUGAAAUCGACUUCAGCAACAUACCAACGAUUCAGGGGACGUACAAAGCUUCGAAGGUGAACAUCACGUCCCCGAACAAGACCAUUUCUACUCAGGAGGCUGUGAAGACGCAGCCGAACCUGAAAAAUGGUACCAAAGGAUCGUUACCUCAGGAUCAAACCACGACAAAGUCUUCUGCAACGGUAACCACUGAGCUAAGUCACAUCAACGCGCAGACUACACCUCUAAGGAUCAAGGAGAAGCUCAAUUACACCACUAAUGCGGACAAAUUGAAGGAAACAAUCAAAGAACCAGCCAAAAGAAUCGUCCCGACGUCUACCAUAUCCACAACGCAAACUGAUGAUAUGUUUAAAGAUUUCCAGAAACCAGACUUUGAAACAUCCCCGUGGAAACCCAUCAUUCCUGGAUACAUAAAUACCGAACUGAAAUUGCUACCCGAUAGCGUUAUCAAAACGAAUUAUAAAGUGAAUUACAGCAAUACGAAUGCAGGAGAAGCUCUCUCCGAAACUGCUGUCAGGGUUCAAAGCGAACCAGCUGAACCAUCCACGCCAAAAACGAUGCCGGAAGCAUUGAACUCUUAUAUGAACAUUCCUGGGUUAAGUGGCUUCGAUAGAGAAGACACCGACUUUCCUCACGACAGGGUCGUGCCCCAGGAGAUGGUGAACUUCCGCGUGAACGGGAAAUUCAAGAACAAGAUCCCCGGCCUGAUGGAAGACGGCCAGAUCUUCACGGCUCCGCCGCUGGUCCAGCCAGAAGAGAGGCCGGAUAUCGAAGUGUCAGGACAAUUACCGCCCGAGACGUACAACUUGAAGCUCCGGACUUCUUCCCAGCCGGAGAAGGCUGAGUUUUCGUUCACGAAGCCAUAUCGAUCCACCAAUGAGAAUGAAACUGGAUGGAGGGUACCUGGAUCGCCGAUCGCGUAUACCCUAAGUGAUAGCAGAAUCAAAAAUGUCGAUGGAUCAGAAAUAAAUAAGAACAUUGGCGAACUGUCUAAGGAACAUAAGAAAAAGAUAGAUGAGAAUUCGAAUCUUUUAUCGACGAUCGCUACCAGCACGCCAAAAUGGCAGCGACCGGUCCAUUCCAACAUCGAGUCGACUACAACAGUGUCUAGAGUAGGGGUAGCAGAACCUGUACCUGAUCCAGAUGACGAAUUGGAACCGAGGAAUCGAUACUCGGACAUUCAAGCCAUUACGAAACAGAACGACGCGCUGCAGGAUAGAAAGGUGGACAAAAAUAGCCAGGAACCAGUGUACACUAGUUAUAAGACACCUGACUUGAAUGGAGCUGCCCUCAGGCCGAGUUUGAUCGAGAACUCUGGGACUUUGAAACCUUUCAGACACACGAUACCCGUCGAUAAGAUCACGUCCGUAGUGAGUUUCAAUGCAAACAAAGAUGACAAUAAGCAAGAGAUAAACGCUGUCACAGACAGCAUAAUGAACGACGAAAAUGUUCGGUUAAACGCAAGCAAUUCGAAGAAGAACACGACUACAGAUAGUAGAACGAAAGUAUCAUCGGUAAUGAAGGAAGAAAUUGAAAUGGAAACCUUGAGGGACAAUGAUUCCAACAUCAACGGACAAAAGAAGAAUGCCAAAGUCGAACUGUCUGAAGAUAACAGCCCAACAGAUACCAGUACUCAGGGUAUAAUAGACGACGACAAAUUCCUGAAACUGGGUACAACGGAGGUCUACUCGGAGAUGAUUCAACCAGCUUACAAUAACAUCGACAAGCUGGUACUAAAGAAUGAUGACGUGAAAACACCACCUGGAAGACUGACCCCCAACAUAUCUAGAAACUCCACGUUCAUUGAAAUCGAUACUUUGAAGCACACUCCCGGUGAAACAGAGGAUACUGAUGCCUCAGAAGACAAGCUAUCCUCUAAUGUGGAUGAAGGGACGGUCUGGCUCUCCAAUGGAACUUCCAAACCUUCCGUCUCAUUGGACACUCGCAAAAAGGUCUACAAUGACACUCUGAAGGCCUACGUAGUGGAAAACCUAGUUACUUUAGCACCUGCCAAGACCAAUACCGGUAUUGGCAGACCUGUUAGACCAAGACCAAAGGUAGACAAGGAAAAAACGUCAAAGACCAGUGAGAAGUCUUCAAACCGAAGUUCCUCGGACGACACGAUUCUUCUGGAGCAGCUGUUCGGCGUGCAGAGCCACGAAAGAAACGCGACGAAGCGUCAUCCGUUGAGCAAUCAACAGCUUCAAAUAGAUGACCUGCACGGAGGACAUGCGAGGAUCGAACAGAUAGUGGAAGUUGUCACAUCGAUCAGCACUAAAGUGUCUUCGAACCUAAGCGACGAUCCUAUCGUGCUCAAGCUGCUGGUUACGAACUCUACCUCGCUUCCAGUAAUUCGUUCCGAGUCUCAUGAACAAGAAACUUCGACGCCACAGUUCUCGAUUCCUGAGGAAUUUUCUUUGGACGGUCAAGAGGAGAAUCGAUCGUUUGUGGACGAAUCGGAAGAGAGUCAGGAGUCGAACAAAGGAAUAAAGACAUCGCCUUCAACGUCCUCGAACGCGCAGACUUCUGACAGGAAGAUCUCAGCGAUGGAAGAGAGCCGGUACCUUCUAGAGAAGCUGAAGCAACUCGCUGAGAUUGGAACUGAUGAUAAACCGGUCAAGAGUAAUAAGAAUAAUUCGAAACCUGCAAUUUCCGUUUCAAACACGAAGUCAAAUUCAAUGGCGGACGCUAAACCGUUGGACUUUAGUAAGUUGAAAGAAAUCGCGGAUAUCGCGACCGGAAACGAGACUUUGAUGAACUCGAGCGCCGGAUUUACGAUGACGCGUGACGGCGUAGAGAUAUUCACGAAGAUCCUGAACAAAAUGGAAGAUCGUACCGAUAAAAUGAUCUCUACUACUGAAAAGAGCUCGGAAAUUGAUGAUUGCUUCGGUUUUCUAUGCAAAGACGGGAAAUGUUUGCCCUCGAGCGGUAGAUGCAAUAUGUUAGGUGAAUGUACGAAUUCAGAAGACGAAGUGAACUGUGCGUGCGCCGACUUUUUAAAAGCUCAACUCCUCCAUCAGAAAAUCUGCGAUGGGAUCGUUGACUGCUGGGACUACUCUGACGAAACUGACUGCGAUUGGUGUGAAGAGGGUCAAUUUGUUUGCGGCAACAGCCGAACUUGCGUGGAUCAUGACAAGGUCUGCAACGGCUUCACUGACUGUCCCGAAGGAGAGGACGAAAAGAAAUGCACCGCGCUGAUAGAAGACGACACAAUAUUGCAUUACGAGAAAGAAAUCACACUCGCUGGGAACGUGAAUAAUUCCGAUGCAACUGUAACUAAAGGUGUAUACCUGUCACCCGAAAAUGUCCCAGAAGUACAAUCCAGUUCUAACAAAGACGUAAUCUUCGAUCAAGAAGCAGUGGAGUCGUCCAUCUUGGAAUCGACCACAUUGAGUUUAUUCAAGGAUAAUAGUCAAACAGAGAAAAUUAUUAAUUCCGAAAGCGAGUUGACGAUCAAGCAAGGAACCUUCUUCGACAACCAUGAACAUCUUAAUGGCACCACCCACGUAUCUGGAAGAGAGAUAUCUUCGAACACGAAACAUGUACUGACACAUGGGAACUCGAUCCAUGUGAAUACAAAGAAGAAUGGAUCGACGGAUACGAUCAAUUUCAAAAAGGAAAUCAACAAUUACAACGAGAAAGGUUAUAUAAACAUUCGGAAAAAUGGAAAAUGGGGAAAACUGUGUCUAAGUGGGAUGGACGGUCUUCUGCAAGAAAGACAGGCCAGCUGGAGUAUCGAAGACCUUGGCAGAGCUGUCUGCAAAGCGAUUACAUAUCAGGACUUCGAGACUGUUGAAAAGGUAUUGGACGAGAAUUCAGAAUCGAGCCGUUCUUAUUAUAGUCUGUCAUACAACGAGAAACCCCUGGAUAAGACGAUCCUGACUUUCAAACCUUCCGAGUGCCCGAGCGGCGAGAUUCUCAGGGUCAAGUGCAAGAACCUUGAGUGCGGAAUAAGAACGCAGGUUCCAUCGCAAGCCAGGAUAGUCGGCGGUGGUAGCUCCUCAGCCGGAAGCUGGCCGUGGCAAGUGGCUCUUUACAAAGAAGGAGAUUACCAGUGCGGGGGUGCACUUGUUAAUGACAGGUGGAUCUUGUCCGCCGCGCAUUGCUUUUAUCAUGCUCAAGAUGAAUACUGGGUGGCAAGGAUAGGAGCAACUCGCAGAGGAAGCUUCCCAAGUCCGUACGAACAGGUCCUGCGGCUAGAUUACAUAUCGUUGCAUCCUGAAUACAUUGAUAACGGAUUUAUAAACGAUAUAGCAAUGCUGAGGCUCGAGAAACCGGUAAUCUUCAGCGACUAUGUCAGACCGGUAUGCCUUCCUGAAACAGAGCCAAAAAGUGGUACUAUGUGCACCGUAACAGGAUGGGGACAAUUGUUUGAGAUCGGACGAAUAUUUCCGGACACUUUGCAAGAAGUACAACUUCCGGUGAUUUCAACUGAGGAAUGUCGAAGGAAGACUCUGUUUCUUCCUUUGUACAGGAUCACGUCCGGCAUGCUUUGCGCUGGAUUAAAGGACGGCGGAAGGGACGCUUGCUUGGGAGACAGUGGUGGACCUUUGGUUUGCUCGGGAUCGGACAAUAAAUAUACUCUUCACGGUAUCACUUCGAAUGGUUACGGUUGUGCGAGACCAGGAAGGCCAGGAGUAUACACGAAAGUUCAUCAUUACCUUCCCUGGGUCGAGCACACGAUAUCAAGGGAAGACAUCCGAUCUUUAAUGGUAUCCUGCAAGGGUCAUCGAUGUCCCCUCGGUGAAUGUUUGCCAAAAUCUCGAGUGUGCAAUGGCUUCUUAGAAUGUUCGGACGGCAGUGACGAACGUAACUGCCCUAUUAAUCUUUAAUGAUCAAAGACUGACCGUACUUGAAUCGUUGAGAAUUGAUGUACUCAGUUCAACGAAUGAAAAAAAAUUCAUUUUAACACAUUUGUUACCAAUCCCACGAAAAUGAACCUUAAGUUUCAACAUUUGAAUUUAAUAACUUAUUACUUUAUAAUAAGAAAAUCUGCUCAUAUUCCAACUUCAAAGUACGUAGAAAGUGUAGUUGAUUUAAUACCAUUACUUGAUUAAACGAAUUCAGUUGAUACAGAAUUUAAAGUGAAAGUAAACGUAAAAACAGUUAUAUAGUAUACAUUUACGUUACUAUGUAGCAAAUAAGAGAGUUCCAAUUUACAUAAAAAAAACACUAAAAACUAAGUAUAUUUUGUAUUCAACAGAAUAUUAGAGAUUCAGUGUGAUUUAUGACGAAGGAUUUUCAAAUAAAAUAUCGACAGCAAACGUGUUAAUUGCAACGAGGUGUAGAAAUAAAAUACGGUGGAAUGAUCUUCCACCUGAUAACAAAUAAAAUGUUGCAACAAUGUCAUACGAACAUUUCUGUAAAGUAUAUGUUCGUUGAACUAAUGUAUGUGCAAUAUCUAGAUAGAGAUCGAAAGUUGAAGGUAAACGUUAGAGAGUAUACUGAACAUUGGUGCAAGGUGUUAAUUAUAAAUAAUUGAAAUUGUGAUUAACAACAGUAUGAACACUAACUUGUACUCUUUCACGGAAUUAUCUUUGCAUUUGAUCGUCAAUAUUAACGCGUUCGAUGAUAAUGCGAAUAAUCGCAGAGAAUCCGUAUUUCCGAGUCAUUUCGAAUGACUCGGAAAUACUUGACAUAGUGACAUUUCAGACGAACCUGGCAUUUUGAUUCUUUGUCGCAGCAAAACGAAUCUUAAGGCCACGUAUAUCGUAAUCUCGUCGUUUUUGUUCUUCGUAAGUUCGAGAAACUUCCAAUGAAUAUGUAUAU